GCUUCUCCUUUUCUUCCUCCGAGUCCGCAGAGAUGUCAGCCGUCAGCCCGGAGCAGGUCCGGAGCGAGCAGGGGAGCGGAGCCGAGCCGGAGCAGCGGCAGGCCGGCGUCCUGCAGCCGCAGACCGUGUUUGUCAUCCUGGACCCGGCGGAAGCUCUCAACGUGGUCCGGGUGGAGUCUGGGAUCGUUGCCGAUAUCGAGGUCGACAGUUUGCUGCCAUCUGACUGCGACACCUUCUAUGAAAUCAAGAGUCAGCCAAUCAGCAUCAGUUCAUCAGCAGGAGCUCUCUCCUCUUCGUCUUCUUCACUGCCAUCAGUCAUGUCAUCGAGGGUUUUGAUGCGUCAGGAUCUGAUGCGGCAGCAGGCUCUGGAGGAGGAGCAGAAGGAGGCGCAGAAGAAGCAGCAGCAGCUGCUUCGCUUCUCCGACUCCUCCACGCCCAUCUGCGUGUCUGUGCCCUCCUCCGGCAUAUCUCCUGCUCAGGUCCCUGUGGAGGUGCUAAAGGUGCAGACUCACCUGGAGAAUCCCACCAGGUAUCACAUCCAGCAGGCUCAGAGGCAGCAGGUCCGUCAGUACCUGUCCACCACCAAGACGGCCGAUCAGCAGCAGGCUGCAGCGGCAAGCCGUUCCCCCCAGCUGGGCUCCACCCCUGGACAGCCAGUGGACAGCAGCCCCGGACAGGAAAUGGAAGACAUUGUCGUCGAUGACAUCAUCAGCCUGGAUUCGAGCCUGAACGACGAGUUCCUGACGCUGAUCGACUCUCAGCUGCAGUUCGCCAACACGCUGCCUGAUUCUGAGAACUUGCUGGACGGGUACGGCGGCAGCGGAGGGACGACCACACCUACGCUUACCGUCAGCAACAGCUGCCCAGCUGAGCUGCACGCCGUCAAGAGAGAGCUGAGCGAAGUGGAGACCAAAGCUCUGAUUAAAGAAAGACAGAAGAAGGACAACCACAACCUGAUCGAGAGGAGGCGUCGCUUCAACAUCAACGAUCGGAUCAAAGAACUCGGAGCUCUGAUUCCCAAAUCUUCCGACCCUGACACAAGGUGGAACAAAGGAACCAUCCUGAAGGCGUCGGUGGAUUACAUCCGCAAGCUGCAGAAGGAACAGCAAAAAGCCCGAGAGAUGGAGGAGAGACAGAAGAGGCUGGAGAACACCAACCGCUCGCUGCUGCUCCGCAUACAGGAGUUGGAGCACCAGGCUCGCUUCCAUGGCGUCUCCUCUUCCUCCUCCACUUCCCCUCCCCCCAAGUCUUCCUCUUCGUCUUUGGACCCCCAGAACCUGCUCUCUCCCCCACUGCUUCACCCCUUUUCCUCUUCCCCGUCCUCUUCCUCCCUGGUGACUCCCUCUCUGGGUCUGGAUGCUCUGACCUUUACGGACCUGGAUGAUCCUCGGGGAGCCUCCAACGUCUUCUCCCCAGACCUGAUGUCUGACAUGGGGCUGACUGAUCUGCACGGUCUGGGGGGCCUCCUGAUGGAGGAGGGGAGUGGAGCAGGGGUGAUGUCCGACCCUCUGCUAUCCUGUGGAGCAUCAAAGACGAGCAGCAGGAGGAGCAGCUUCAGCAUGGAUGAGGAUCUUUGAUGAAUCAUCGCACGCAAGGAUCUGAUUGGCCAGAGCUGAAGAUGGGACUUCGGUUUUGUUUUUGUUUUUUUAAUGAAACCAUUUUCAAAUUUUGACAUCAUCAGAACAAACACAAAGGUGAUGCAGUGUAACCGAAACCAUCCACUGCAUGUCUUCCAGUGGACUCCCCUGUCUCCUACCCUGUUACAGUUGGUGUUAAGAACCCCAGUGUCAAAAUUAUGUGUCCAGGUUCCUCACCUGUUGUCUGCAGGUGUGCACUCACCUGGACUGCUGAGACUGGAGCUGCAGUUUAAAGAAUUCUGAUGUAAAAAAAAAAAGGGGGGGGGGGAUUUUAGAGGUUUUAUAAUGUGGAAAAAACAAAUAUAGAGGCAUUGAUUGUGCCUCACUUUACUUCUGUAAAUAGAAAUGAUUCUAUAAUCACUGUGCUGGAAAACGAACUCUGAGCAGAGAUUUUAUUGGAACAGAGGAAAUCUGAUCAGCUUCAGGACUUUGAUUCAGCUUUAUUUUUAAUGUAUAUGCUGCCUAUUUGAAGGGAAACUCUUUUGACAUUUUCUCAAUCAGCUGCCAGUUUAAAUUGCUUUAAACUGCUUCAGAAAACUGCCUGUUUCAAUUUGUUUCAUCUUCAGAGUUUAUGUUUUAAUUGGCAUUGAGACUACUGUCAGACAGCAGCCAAAUUAACCUUGUAAGCUUCAGUAAACUCUUACUGAUGAGUUCAUAACCGGCUAGCCAUCACUUUAUCAAGCUACAGUUCCCACUGCUGGAGGCUAACUAUAAGCUAACUCUUAGCUACAGUUAAUUUGACUUCAUGAACUCUCUUAGGUCAUAACAGACAGGUUACCAAACCAGAACAUGUCAAGUUAGCUGUUAACGUUAAAAUGUGCUAGCGUUAACAGGUAACCGUAGUUAGUUGCUGUUGUUCAUAUUUUUCUGGCUGCUAGUUUAGUUAGCCACUGUAAGGCGCAAGCUACCUGCUAGCUGUAAUUAGCGCUAGCUAAAAUUGUGUCAUCUUAGUUAGCGGCUAAGUGGGUUAGUUGGAGUUAUGGGAUUGUGUUGGAAAUUUAAGGAGCUCUGCUGGUGAUGCUGGUGGGAAAAAUUAUAUUGACUGCAAAUGAGGUAAUAAGGUGUGGGAACUGAGACACCAAGCUAAGGGAGGAGUUCAUUAUUACUGCAUGGCCUCCACUCAAACAUCAGAAACAUCAGCCCAAAUGGCCGCCAUCAUCACUCCCAUUAAUAUGGUAGGCGUCAGCCUCAAGACUGUGGUUCAUGUCCCAUGGAAGAGCUAUUUUCCAAGGUGUGUGGUUUAUUAACAUUAACCAUGUUAGAACAUUGGUUUUCUUUGUUAUCCGAUGUUGAAUAGAUCACCUUUGCAAUCUUGGUUGCCUUCUGUUUAUCAGUGAUUGGAUGAUACCUCGUCUUCUAGACUUUGAGUAGGUGGUGGAGGGUACCUGCCAGUCAUGUAUAAAUGACUGAUAAUGGCUGAUAAAGGCCAUUUAUUGGGCUGAUAUCAUUUGAAUCGGGUGUUCCCUGGUGAUACUAACUUGUGGCCACACAAUAAUAUUAUAAUAUAAUACAAUAAUACUAGUGCACUAUACUACAAAGCAAGAAUAUAUAGCAUUAACUCAUAACAGCCAUCUCAGGGCACUGUACAUUGUAUAUUGUAGAGUAAAAACCCAACAACUCCCUAUGAUCAGCACUUAGUGACAGUGGGGGAAAAAAAAACCUUUUAACUAUAAGAAACAUGCAACAGAACCAGGCUCAUACCUUCAUACUGGGGGAAGUAUGACGGAAGAGUGAAGACUGAAAAGGGGAAUUUAAGUAUAAGAAAAAACUGAGCUUGGUGGGGCCAGUAAAACCUGUUAGGCUGUUAUGUAAUGCUGGUAAAACAGUUGAAGUAAUGCAGGUUGUAGGAACCUACGUGCAUUCAGGCACUGAUGCAGAAAAUGCACAAAUAUCUGUUUUUUCUGCUCGGUCCUGAUUUGCUCCCAAGUUAACUUUGCAUUGCUAUUGGUAUUUAUCUCAGAGGAUAUUCAGUAAAUAAAAAUUAAUUGCACUUUGAUUUGGCUAAAGUGAUUUCUAAAAUAAAUAGUAUAGAAAUUAAUUAACAGUAUUCCACAGCAUUCCUCUGUCUGUAUGUAAAGAACCACUGUAAUGAUUUUUUUAAGAGCCUUCACAGCUCUCUGUGACCUGUUCUUCUUCAUGGGAGAAGGUAGCGGUGCUUGAUUGGUGUCCAAUCAUGCGUCAAACGCUCCUUUUAUGUUACUGUACUCAGAGUUUGAUGACAAAAGGCUGGCGUAACAAAGAAAGUUGAUGACCACUGUUGUGAUACCAGUUAUCUCUGACUGUUGCCUCAGGUGUAACACAGAGAGACCCUGCCCAUGUCCAGCUAGUACUCCUUAGAAAUGAGAUUUAAUAGCUGAAUCAUGGUCAGUCAGGCGUUCAGGUAUGAGGAUCAGGUGAUUCUUCCAUAAAGGGAUUUUUUUUAAAUCUACGUUUAUGUCAUUUAUGUUUAUCUUAUGUUUACAACCAUACAGUUUGUCAUUGUUUAUAAUCUUAGGUAACCUAGUUUGUUUUAUAGAUUCACAAUGUUUCACAUGCAAACUUUUAUGUAGAAAUAAAUCAUUAAACAGA